AUGUCAGCCCCCACCGCAGAGAAGCAAAAAAAAGAGGACAAUCCUCCUCAAGAAGAGGACGACUACUAUUCCGAAGGCGACAGUGACUACGACUACUCAGACGAUGACCCCGAUGAGCCCAUGACCGAGUCCGAUGCCGAGAACGACGGACAACUAAGAAGAAAAGCUCGCGGUCGUCGUCGCAAUGACAAAUACUAUGGUGAUGAAGAUGAUUAUAGCAACGAAUACGAUGAUGAUGAUGAUGAUGAUGACUAUGACGACGACGACGACAAUGCUGUAGCACCUUACGGCGGAAGUGCCAUGCGAGAUCAACAACAGCAACAAGGUGGUGGAAAGAUGGAGCUUGCCUCGGAUGCAAAGAAGGGUAUAGAUGACGAGGAGGGUUUGAAGUUGAAGUUGGAGGUCAAUUUGGAUGUUGAGAUUGAGUUGAAGGCUGCUAUACAUGGUGACCUUACUCUAUCUUUACUCAAAGACCAAGUCCAACAACAACGCAUCAUCACUCACAUGAACAACGACCACCGCAAUACCCUUUCCCUAUUCCUUGAAGUAUACAACAAAGUCCCCUACAGUCAAGCGCAAACCGCUCGAAUCGAAGAAAUUCGCUUAAUCGGUAUGACCAUCUCGACCGCCGACAACCCCAACAGCACCAAGUCAUCACGAACGAAUUUCCUCGUUCCCUUCGAGCCGGCCCUAAACAGAUACGAGGAUGCUCGUCACAGAGUUGUGGAAAUGCACAAACACUGUCUCAAGACUCUAGGUCGCUCCGACAUCACGAUCCAGGAGUAUCGCCGACCUCGUGGUUUGGGCGCGGUCCUGUUUACCAUCUGUCUAACAGUCUUUAUCGCAUUCUCGCGUCGCUCAAAUUUCCAACCGGACUCUGCACUGUACUCGAACGUACUUGGCCAUUUCCCAGGUUUCGCAACCUUUUGCUACAAGAUUCAACCUUUACUUAUUAGCGUGAUGGCCGGAAUUCACCUGAGCGAAGCUGCGUAUUUGGCGGUCUACAGAUUGCGUCCUCAUAGUGUGCCGUUUGGGUCUCGGGUGUGGUUCUUGUGGGUUGUGAAUGAUUUUAUUGAAGGAUUUACUACGUUGCAACGCUUUGAUGCGCUUAUUGAGGAGAAACGGGCUUUGAAGGCACAGCAUAAGUCGAAUUGAGUAGUUACUAUCCAAAUCGAAUUGUCUUAG